CCCCCCCAGCCCUCCCUCCCUCCCCUCCAAGCAUGGUGCCCGCGGCCCCAGUGCUCUUCUGCCUCCUGCUCCUCGCCCUGGAGCUGCGGCCCCGGGGGGAGGCGGCCGAGGGCCCGGCGGCCGGCGGGGAGCGCGGGACCCAGGCGUCCGAGGAGCCGGAGGGUUGCCCGGUGUGCGUGUGGCGCCAGCACAGCAAGGAGCUGAGGCUGGAGAGCAUCAAGUCGCAGAUCCUGAGCAAACUGAGGCUGAAGGAAGCGCCCAACAUCAGCCGCGAGGUGGUGAAGCAGCUCCUGCCCAAGGCGCCCCCCCUGCAGGAGAUACUGGACCUACACGACUUCCAAGGCGACGCGCUGCAGCCCGAGGACUUCCUGGAGGAGGACGAGUACCACGCCACCACCGAGACCGUAAUCAGCAUGGCCCAGGAAACGGACCCUGCCGUGCAGACAGAUGGCAGCCCCCAUUGUUGCCACUUCCACUUCAGCCCCAAAGUGAUGUUCACAAAGGUGCUGAAGGCCCAGCUGUGGGUGUACUUGAGGCCAGUACCCCGCCCUGCCACCGUAUACCUGCAAAUCCUUCGCCUCAAGCCCCUUGGUGGGGAAGGAACUGCAGGAAGUGGGGGUGGGGGGCGGCGCCACAUCCGGAUCCGAUCCCUCAAGAUCGAGUUGCACUCAAGAUCAGGCCACUGGCAGAGCAUCGACUUCAAGCAGGUGCUACACAGUUGGUUCCGCCAGCCACAAAGUAACUGGGGCAUUGAGAUCAACGCUUUCGAUCCCAGUGGCACUGACCUGGCUGUUACCUCCCUGGGGCCAGGGGCUGAAGGGCUGCACCCAUUUAUGGAGCUUCAUGUGCUGGAAAACACAAAACGGUCCAGGAGGAAUCUGGGCCUCGACUGUGAUGAGCAUUCGAGUGAGUCCCGGUGCUGCCGAUACCCACUCACUGUGGACUUUGAGGCCUUCGGCUGGGACUGGAUCAUCGCACCCAAACGCUACAAGGCCAACUACUGUUCUGGCCAAUGCGAGUAUAUGUUCAUGCAGAAGUACCCACAUACCCACCUGGUGCAGCAGGCUAAUCCCCGAGGUUCAGCCGGGCCUUGUUGUACUCCCACCAAGAUGUCCCCCAUCAACAUGCUCUAUUUUAAUGAUAAGCAGCAGAUUAUCUACGGCAAGAUCCCCGGCAUGGUGGUGGAUCGCUGUGGCUGCUCUUAAGGUGGAGGAUGAGAGGACCCCUCUCCCCCACAAACCCCUCCCUGGAUCCCUAGCCCUGACCCUCCCCCCAACCCAGGCCCUAGAGCUCCUCCCCAACCCCUCUUAAACAAAAUGUCCUAUUCCCCAUCCCACCCCAAGCAGUGUGCAAUACAGCAGAGGAAGGUAGGGGGAUAGAGACAAGAGGGGUGAGGGAUUUGUGGGGGGAAAGGCAAUGGGCAAGUUGGGGAGUGUUUGGGAUUUUGCAGGUGAGGGUGUGUGGAAAGAAGAAAUAGAGGGAGAGAGCGAAGUAGAGACAGAGAUAGAGACAGGCAGAAGGACAAGGAUAGAAGAGUGUAAGCAGGACAAAGGGAUAAAAGAGGCAGAAGAGAGACUAGGCAAAGAUGAAACCAAGGGAGAAAUAAUGGGGACAGAGAGUGAGCCUCAUACCAACUUUUUUUUUUCUUUGGGCCUAGUUUGGUUUGGUGUAAUGUGAGACAUGCCUAUGCAUGCACCAUGGCCUAUGAAGGAGGAAAAGGGUAUUAAACCCAGGCCCAGAUCUCCGUCCCUCCCUUAGUGGACAGGGGAAAAGGAGGUAGAAGUUGGGGAUGGCAAAAAGUGGGAAGGAUUUCGACAUUUUAUUUAUUUAUUUAUUGUGAUUUUUCUUUUCAUUUCUGGUGUUUGGCUUUACAUAGAGAUUCUGAAAUUCCCCCUCCCCUUCUUCAAUUGUGCCCUAUUUUACUCCUUAAACCAUGGAACCCUGCUAUAUACCCCAAUACCCACCCACCCAAGCACUUGUAUAAAAAACAUCCAGGUUUGGGAAAUUAGGGCAGAGGGAGUCUGAAUUCCCCACACAGCUCACCUUCAAGUUUAAUUAUAGAGCCAGUGGUGCUAGACAAGGAAGGCCCAGAAAGGGGAACAUAGUAGGUAAGGAAGGGAGGGGGAACAAGCAAAGCCCCAAAAUAUCCAAGUUGACAAAAGAUGACUCCAAGAUUUACACUUUUCCUGUUCAUUGAUAUAACUGGAAGGCAGUGACUGGCCAAAGUUCAUAAAUGCCCCCCCUAGCUAAGAAACACCAAAGAGCCUGUGGUAUCCCUCUUUCCCUUGCCAUUUUCAGGUUUGUAAAAGGGCCAUAGCUUGAAACUAGAGAUCCUUGAGUUCCCAGGGUUCUUGAGGGAGAGAAAACAGGAUCUAUACUAGUUGAGGAACUGGGAGGCAAGGAGGAGACAAUGAUGGUUCUCAUUGAAGGUUCUAAAGAAUUUAAAUAAAAAUAACUGCCCUGAGCUGGGAAUUGGAGGGUUGCUUAACAGACCAAGGGAAGGAGAAAUUAUGGAGAGAGAAGUAUUCCAAGUCCCACAAGCUCAGGGCAAGCAGGGAAGGGGAAGACAUGAAAGACGUGUCUGUUAACUCUAAUUAGGAAGUUUUUGUGGGGUUUUUUUGAAAACCAAUAAUACCUGGUAGAACAAAGGAGUGGACACAUCAGAAAGUAUGUGGUGUGGAUGGAGCAUGACUGGCUAGUUUUAAAGCAGAGUAGGGGGAGAUGGGUUCCAAGAACAAGUCAUUCUGUCCUCUCUCCCAAUUCCCAAUCCCUAACUCUGCAUUCCCAUCCCACUUAUCCUUUUUUCCCCUUCCCCCCCCCCCCAUGCCUCAGUUCCCCCUUCUUGGUGGAACAGAAGCAGCAAGCAGCUAAAGCAAAGAGAUGAAUCCUGAGCACUUACCAUGGGCACUUUACGGACAUGAAAUACCUCUCAAUAUUUGGGGGAGCAAGGGAGGGGCCAGGCCAGAUGAUGGAGGGAUGUUGAGGGCUGCAGGGAGUUUUUAAGGUCUGAUGGAUUGUAGUAAGUCACAAAACAGGUCCCUUGACAAUGACAAGGAGAUGAGGAAAUUCUAUAUAUAUGACUGCCUCCACUGGUUCAUUUUUCACUUAGGAUUCCUGGGGCCCUCUUUAGUCCUGUAGAUGACCAAGGGCCUUGCUGGGGACAAGACCUGGGCCAAAGUCAAAGGCACCAGAUUUACUUUUGUUGGGAAACUUAUUCUGAAGGCCCAAAUUCUAGCCUGCCCUGGGGAGGGUGCAGGAGCCAAAGGAACUUGAUUAUCUUUCCUUGGGGAAGGGACUAUGGGAGCCUUGGUAACCUUUCCCCCAUUCCCUGGAGGAGAAAAAAGACUUUUGGGGGAAGAGGUGAUGUUCCUUUUCACCUUACUCCGAAUCUUGGCAAGUUCUCCAGUCUUUUCUCUCCAGUCCUGUUCUUUACUAUACUUACUACCCCAAUCCAAGAAAAACUACGCAUCACCAUCAUGGUGGGAAGGGAGGGGAGAACCAGAGAGGCUCAAAAUCAGAAGAUGACUCCUCCAAAAUUAAACACUUGAUCUCAGGCCAAGGGGCCAGACAAGGAGUAGGGGCAUCAUUUGAUCUCCCAAUACAGGUUCUAAGGGAAAGUAGAGCCUUGAACUUGGGGGAUACUUAGAAGACACCCCCAUUCCUACCAAAUAAAGACCAUGGGGGGAAUCUAAGGCUCUUUUUCUUUUGGACAUGAACUUAUUUGAGUCUCAAUUUCCUGUCCCCCCCAAAGAGGUUAUUAAAGACAGGGCUCAGAGACACAGGAGCUAGGGAAUGUUCCCCUGCUUCAAGUAUGUGGAUCAAGCUAGUGCCCCCUUUGAACAUAUUAUACUUAUUUACUUUUGUGUAUAUGUCACACUGUGUAUGUGAACAACUUUGUUUCUGUACUGGUCAUCCGAGAAGGUUGGGGGUAAUGAGGGAGAUGGGAUAUCAUCAGGGGCACAAGGAGGCCUUAAAAGAAUUACAGAGGAGUUCUUUACAAGACAGUCUCCCAAAAGAUGCCUGGAAAUGAAGACAUGGGGCAGUUUCUGAAUUAAGUGACAUAGGACAGAAAUAGCCAUUGGCCCUUUUUGGGUUUUUUUUUUUAAUGUUUUGGGGUUUUGUUUUGUUUUUUGAGUUUGGGGAUGGUCACAUGAUCCAAUCUAGCACUUGAACCUGAAAGAAAAAUAAUAAAGUCAAAGAGUUUAGCACUAAGCUCUCCUCCUAUAGCCAAACUCAUAGGAUUUAGAACUAGAAGGGACCUUAAAGAUGAUCUAUCUAGUUGCUUGAUUUUAUAGAACAAGAAAAGGCUCCUGGAAAUUAAAUGUGACUUGUAUACAUAUUGUGAUCACACAUUAGUAAGCAGCAGCAGUAACAUUCAGACAUCAGAUGCCUUUAGUGUUCCCAUUACAUUCUCUAUUCCAUUGCAUAAUAUUCACAGUUGUUACAAGGGAGCCCUCUCAACUGGCUUAAUACUAUGGAAACCAGGAAGAGUAUCAGGAAGGAGCUCUGAGUUAAGGUUUACAAGAGAGUCUUAUGGAAGACACAAUCUCUCCCUGCCUCAAAAAAAAAAUUUUUUUUAAGCUAAUAAAUUAAUUCCCCAGGAAAGGAAGGGAAGUUAAAGAAGAUACAAAGUAACAGGGACAAGUUAGAUGAAAACAAUCUUCUAUGUGCCUGGGGGAAAAUAAGAUUACCCUAGGAGGAUCAGAAUUCUCUUAAGAAGUGGAAUUAGAUCAUCUCAAAGGUCCUUUCCGGCUCUAAAAUUCUAUGAUUUCAGCCAUACCCUUUCUCUGCCUCCCUUUUCCCUAAAGCUUUUUUACUUCUGCCUUGCCAAAGUCAUAAAUGAAACCAAUGUGGCCAUUUGGUCAAUUUGUUGGUUGCUAGGCAACCAAACCAUUUGCCCUAACGUGGUCUGUGAGUUCAAAAACAGAAAUUUACCCAUUUUAGGACUAACAUUUUCAAGCUGGAUUCUAGGGUUUGUAAGGAUGGGAUAGGGGAUGGAAAUAUGUGACUCAAGAGCCUCUUCUUACACACAGAACAUUUGAAGUUCUAAGGGAUCCUGGAGAUCAAGUCCAACCUGUCAUUUUAUAAAAAAUAGCCAUCAUUUAUGUUUUAAGACUUGUAAAAUACAUAUUAUCUCAUUUGAAUCACACAAGAACCUUGUCAGGUAGGUGCUAUUAUCCCCAUUUUACAGACAAUAAAACAAUAGGCUGACAAUAA